ACGUGUGAACGUAACGUUUUAGCGGAUGACAGUUCUUUUAUUUUCUUCCACAACACUUAAUAUGCCUUAAAGAUUAAGUUUUUAAAACAAUAAAUGUCUCAACUCUGUUUAUAUAAUUCGACGAUAUGUCGUUUAUGUGGCGAACGAUCGCAAAAUGGAAUGAAACUGUUUACGUCGGACGAACACGAUAUAAGUCAUUUAAUCAACCGAUACUUACCUUUGAAGAUUGUAGAUGAUCGUCAGUAUCCUCGCUGGAUAUGUCCAGGUUGUCACCUGCAAGUUGAGUCAACGGUGGAAUUUUUUGACCUAGUAAUGAAAGGCCAAGAGAGUCUUCGAUGUGCACACGCAGAGGAAUCGAAAUCGAACGUAGAUCAUUUGAAGAAAGAUAACCUCUACAGCGACGAUCAUGUGAUUUAUAGUCGUUUCGGGCUGCCAGAAAAAGAAAAGCGUAAAAGAGGAAGACCAUCGAAGGCAACAGUAGACAAAAUAAAAGAGCAAGAAGCACAAACGUUAGAGGCCGCUAAAAUUGAACAGUUAGCGAAAGAAGAAAGAGAAUCACAAGAAUUGAUGGAAGAAAAUACUGCUGGUCGAAGAAAGAGGAAGAUCAAAUUACCUUCACGCUUUCAGGAAGUGGUUCAGGGUCGGGAACUGGAACGAGUCUAUGUCGAAAACGGUGUUAUCGAUAAACUGGACAAUGUGUCGGAUAAUGAGGGUUUUACCAAUGAGGCGGACGUUAAUUCAGAAGGAGUUAUCGGUCAUAUGGAAGAUGCAGAUGGACUACAUGUAGUGGACUUAAUUUUUGAUAGCACGAAAACGGGCAAGAAGCACGCAAAUUCUGGUCAACGAAAGAAAUUCAUUUGCGAAAUCUGCAGUAGAUCUUACACUCAACAACUGCGAUACAUGAGCCAUAAGAUGUCCCAUCGAAAUGUCCAAUACGAAUGCAUUCAGUGUCUGGAGAAGUUUUCAUCGCGGAAGCUAAUAUCUGAACACCAAGAAGCGACGACACACACCGGCGAAGGAAUAAUUGAGAACAUUGAAACGGAGUCAAAUGAUGAAGAUAACUUAUUGCCUGACACUGUUUUUGGACAGGCUGAUCAUUUCGUCGAUGAUACAAAUGCAAAGACUGUCCAAACAUUGGAUGAUGUUUUCGAUGAAAUGGAUAAUAUCGAGGAAACAGCAGCCAAAGUACUCUAUGGACUGCAAAAUAUGGAUCGAACGGAAAGUCCACAGUCAUUUUCGAUGCCGGUGACGCAAUCAGUAAAAGAAAUAAACUCCGAAUUUCUUACUUAUACCAACUUUAUAACGGAAAAGGAAGGCACAAGUGAUGAAAAAACCACCACAAAGCCUACAUCUAAGGACAGUUUGACCGCUAGAAAGAGACACGACUGUUCAAUCUGCAACAAAUCCUUUGCGAAUGAAUCUCUACUGACCGUACACUAUCAACUCAUCCAUGCAGUGACACAUUCAGGCCAACCUAAUUCAACCGACAAUACCAACGACACACCGAAUUAUCCAUGCGACAAAUGCAAUCGCACAUUCAAGAAUCCCAGCUCGAUGUUGUAUCAUAAAAAUUCGGAGCACAAUCAUUUCCGAUUCGUUUGCUCGAAAUGUGGAAAAAGUUUCAAACAUAAGCAAUUGCUGCGACGACACCAGUUGGUUCAUUCGCAAGACCGACCGUAUUCGUGUACCACUUGCGGGGCAUCGUUUAAGACUAAGCCAAAUUUACUCAACCAUAUGCCGAUACAUAAUUCGAUCAAAAAUCACAACUGCGACAUAUGCAAUCAAUCGUUUGCCCACAAAACAAGCUUGAAAUUACAUCUGCUUUGGCAUGCUGGAACCAAACCAUUUAGCUGUGAAGUGUGUGGAAAAUCGUUUAGUCAGAAUGGCAAUCUUCAGGAACAUAUUCGCAUUCACACGAAUGUGAGACCCUUCAGCUGCCAGUAUUGCGACAAGACAUUUAAAACAAGCUCGCAGUGUCAGAUCCACAGCAAGCGACACAAUGUAAAUGUGAAACCGUAUUCAUGCCACCUUUGUUCAAAAUCAUUCUUGCAGCAUGACAUCCUUAAAACACACUUAAGACGACACAAUAAUGAGAAGCCAUUCUCUUGUACGUAUUGCGAUAAAGCGUUUUCGGAACAUUGGGCUUUGAUCAAACAUUGCCGGACGCAUACGAAGGAGAAGCCGUACAAAUGCACUCUUUGCCCAAAAACAUUUGCGGACUGUUCAAAUUUAGCAAAACAUAAAAAGACUCAUCAAAAUAAAAUACCAUCCACAAAUAAUACAAAAGAUAAGCCUAGCACACCCGAAACUGCUUCAACUUCUAAUUUACAAAAUAAGCAGGAUCUUCCGUUCGAGAAAUCAGUUCACGCCAAAUCAAAUGACCUUCCCGAAGAAGAAAACCUAUUCGAUCCAAUUGUGUUGGCCGACAUAGUGCCUACCGAAUUAUCGGACUCCGUUUGGCGACUCGCUGAUCAGAACGAUAUCGAUAAAGAUAAUCAAAUAUUUUACGUGACCUAUCAAGAUCCAAAUCUUGGACAAAAUAAAACGGUUAAGCUUGUUAAUCAAGUGAAUUCGUCUAGCCAAUUGGAUUCGAGUUCUGAAAUACGUUUUACUCAAGGAAAUACAAGUGAAAAUGUCGAUGAACUUCGAAUACCUUUUGUUGAUGAUGACAAUAACGUUCACGACGGAAUCCAACAAUAUUCAACAUCCAACCUUCGAUUGUUAACUGAUCAAUCGGAAAAUGUUGCUUUGGAAAGGAAGAAUUUGGCGGUGAACGAUCAAAACGAAUUCUUCAAUAUGGACUCCGAAGGCCUUGAAAUUAUCACGAGUGAUGGAAAGAAGCUGAGAUUUUUGCAAACAAUACAAUAGUCCAACCGAUAUGUAGAAAUGAAAGAGUACAAAUAAAUGAGGAAUGUUUUCUAUUUU